CUCUACAAAAAGCAGAGAGAGAGCAAAACUACAGAGUCUCACACUUUGCUCAGACACUGCAAAGUAGGCAAAAGCUUCAAUUAGCACUCAUGAUCCGAACCGGUUCGAUUGCGCUUCAGUCACCGGCCGUUUCCGGCUCGCCCAGAGUGUCCCUAGCCCGGAACGACUCGCUCUCGAGCGUUUUCUCCGGCGAGAGGAGCACCGUCGGAUCUCCCAUGAUCUCCCUGCAUUUCGACGUCAAUCGCCGCCGAGAUAAGACGAUCCAGAGAGCUCUGUCGGAGAGCGACAUUCUCCGAUCGGCGCCCGACGGAUUUCGAGCUCUGCCGGCGAGUUACGCCGGAAAAUUGGCGGGAAGUGGAAUUUCGACGGAGGAGCUGGUUCCUGGCGGCGGCGAUCGCGGAGGGAAAACUGUAACGGUGGAGGAAGGCGAGCAGAGGAAGAUCGGAGCUUAUUAUCAAGAGAUGCUGAAGUCAAACCCCGGCGAUCCGUUGCUGCUGAGGAACUACGGGAAAUUCUUGCACGAGGUGGAGAAGGAUGCGGUGGGGGCGGAGGAAUGCUAUUGUAGGGCGAUAUUGGGGAGUCCGGGAGACGGUGAGUUGUUGUCGCUCUACGCAAAGCUAAUCUGGGAGACGCAGAGAGAUGAGGAGCGGGCUAAAUCGUACUUUGAUCAGGCUGUUUCUGCCUCCCCUGAUGAUUGCAUGGUGUUGGGGUCCUUCGCUAGCUUCAUGUGGGAAGCAGAGGAAGACGAAGACGAAGACGACAGCAAAGAAAUCAACAUUUACGAUGGAACUCAAGUCUCAUCGGUGCCGGCUCUGGUUCCUGCAUUUUAACUCUGUCAAUUGGAUGAAGAAGACCGCGAAUUCGACGAAGAGAGUUCAACCGCGCCACUCGCGUUCCCUGGAAUUCAAUUCCCAACGUUCCUGAUGUUAGUAUAACUAUAACCACUACUUUACUUGAAGAACAAGACAUAAACAUGUAUAUGUGCUUAAAUGCUUAGCAUAUAUAUCUAAUAUGUAGAAUGUACUUACCUACCCGGCUGAAAUCUCUAGCUUGCUAAGUGAGAGGUUGAAUGUGUUAAUUUCAUUUGCUUGUCUGCUUUCCUUGUAAAUGUUUAUAAAUAAAAUUAUAACGUAUUCUAAUCUGUCA